UAUGGGUGGUAAGCAUGCGUGCAGGCAAUUGUCCAGCUAGUAGAUGCGUGGGUGUCACAUCACAUCCAGUAUAAAACAAUCAUCCCAGUCCCAGACGAUAAGAUUGCAGCUGGUACUUGUCUUUUUCUUUGCAUGUAUCAGAUACGCGGCACACCGUUCGUGCCCGCCUCUUCUUUUCACCUUAAUUUGCGUGUCCAAGUAUCUCCAUAAAUACCCACACAGCCUACAGAUUAAUUAGGACCAGAGAAGAAAAAAGGAUAGAAACAGCUACAUAUGGCGGCUUUAAGAAGAGAAUUGUAUUUGGUUUCAGUAUUGGUAGUGAUAUCGAUAUUGGGCCAAGUGAGAGGGUACAGAGGACAUUUGGUUGGUGGGAGAAGUGAAGUGAGUGAUGUGAAGACGAACAUGGAGGUGCAAGCACUGGGGAGAUUCUCAGUGGAGGAGUACAGCAGACUGCAGCAUCAGCAUCAUGAGGAAGAGAACGGCGACGGCAGCCGGAAGCUGACAUUCACGGAGGUGGUGGAGGCGCAGAGGCAGGUGGUUUCAGGGAUCAAGUACUACCUCAAGGUUUUAGCCAUGGAGAAUGAGGCAAUUAAGCUUUUUAAGUCAGUUGUGGUGGUGAAGCCAUGGGUUCAUUCCAAAGAAUUGAUCCACUUUGCACCUUCUACUGCUGGCCUUGAAUUAUAUACUAAUUAAUGCUAUUAUCCAUUUAAUUACUGCACUUAACUACGUAUCUGGGUAAAUAUUUGAGAGUCUAAUUACCCUUUCUUUUUGGUCUUUUGUUCCUUGAAGACGUUUUGUGCAACUUUUGUUAUCGUGUGCUUAUUGUGAGCAGCUUGAAUAAUGUCAAUAAGUACAAGGAAGUGUUUAGAGCAGAUCAAUGAUCAUUGAUCCUAAUAAAAACUCUUCUUUCAA